AUGCCAUUAUUACCAGAUGUUGCAACUGAAAAACACGUUCAAACUUUUUCAUACCUUGCUGAUGGAGUAAUUCAUGAUGUUCCAAUAGAAAUUGCAAGAGAAUUUUUAAGUAAUGAAUUUACUGAUGAAGAAAUCAUUCAAUAUACAAAAGUUUAUACAAAACCAUCUGAUUUACCUGAAUUUAAAGCACAAGUUUUAAAAACUGUAAAUACAAAUACAACAUCAGCAACUCAAUUAUUUGUUUUAACAAUGACUAUAUUAGAUUCAAAUAUUUUAGCUCCAACUUUUACAAAUUCAAUGACUUUGGUAAAAGAUAUGUCUUUAAAGGAAAGAGAAAUUUUAAUAAAAUCUUGGAGAGAUUCUCCAAUUCCAAUAAGAAAUAGAUUAUAUAGAAUGUGUGUUUCAUUAGGUUUAAAAACUUUUGUUACAGUAAAUAAUGAUUUACAUUUAAAAGCUAUUCAUUAUCCUGGUAAAGAUUUAAGAGAAAAAGCUUAUGAAACUCAACAAAUUGAUCCUUUUAAAUAUGAUUUUUUAAAAAAACCACAAUUUCAAAAUGCUGAAUUAUAUAUUCCUGAUAUUGAUGCUGUAAUUAUUGGAUCUGGUGCAGGUGCUGGAGUUGUUGCUCAUACUUUAGCUAAUGAUGGUUAUAGAACUUUAACUUUAGAAAAAGGUAAAUAUUAUUCUACAUCAGAAUAUAAUUUUGGUGAUGUUGAUGGUAUAGCAGCAUUAUAUCAAGGAGGUGGUACAGUUGCUUCAAGAAAUCAACAAAUUUUCAUUUUAGCAGGUUCAACUUUUGGUGGUGGAACUACUGUUAAUUGGAGUGCUUGUUUAAAAACUCCUUUCAAAGUAAGAAAAGAAUGGUAUGAUGAUUAUGGAGUUGAAUUUGCUGCAAGUGAUGAAUAUGAUAAAUGUAUGGAUUAUGUUUGGAAACAAAUGGGAGCCUCAACUGAAGGUAUAACACAUUCAUUAGCUAAUGAAGUUAUAGUUGAAGGUGGGAAAAAAUUAGGAUAUAAAAGUAGAGAAAUUGAACAAAAUAGUGGAGGACAUCCUCAUCAUCCUUGUGGAUUUUGUUAUUUAGGUUGUAAAUAUGGUAUAAAACAAGGUGCAUCAGUUAAUUGGUUUAGAAACGCUGCAGCUAAUGGUAGUAAAUUUAUGGAUCAAGUUAGAGUUGUUAAAAUUUUACAUGAUAAAGGAGUAGCUAAUGGAUUAUUAUGUCAAAAUGAAGAAACUGGAAUGUUUUUCAGACUUACUGGUCCUAAGAAAUUUGUUGUUGCAGGUGGGUCCUUAAACACUCCUGUAAUUUUACAAAAUUCUGGUUUUAAAAAUAAAAAUAUUGGUAAUAAUUUAACAUUACAUCCAGUAACUGUUGUAUUUGGAGAUUUUGGACGUGAUGUUCAAGCUGAUCAUUUUGAUAAAAGUAUUAUGACUUCAGUAUGUACACAAGUUGAUGAUUUAGAUGGUAAAGCUCAUGGAGCUAAAAUUGAAACUAUAUUAAAUACUCCAUUUUUACAAGCUGCAAUGUUACCAUGGCGUAAUUCAGAUGAAGCAAGAAAAGAUUUAUUACGUUAUAAUAAUAUGGUUGCAAUGCUAUUAAUCACAAGAGAUACUACAUAUGGUCAAGUAACAGGUGAUCCAAAUAGACCAGAAGCACUUUAUAUUGAUUAUACUGUUAAUAAAUUUGAUAAAAAUGCUUUAUUACAGGCACUUUUAAUAACAUCAGAUAUGCUUUAUAUUCAAGGUGCUUUAAGAAUAUUAAGUCCUCAAUCAUGGGUACCGAUAUUUGAAACAAAAAAACCAAAACAUGAAAGAAAAAUAAUAGAUAAAAAUUAUCAAGAUUGGAGAGCAAAAGUCGCCAAGAUUCCACUUGAUACUUAUGGAACACCAUAUGGAUCAGCUCAUCAAAUGUCAAGUUGUAGAAUGUCUGGAAAAGGUCCAAAAUAUGGUGCUUGUGAUACAAAAGGUAAAUUAUUUGAAGCUUCAAAUAUUUAUGUUGCUGAUGCAAGUUUAUUACCAACUGCUUCUGGAGCUAAUCCAAUGAUUUCUACAAUGACUGUUGCAAGACAUGUUGCUUUAGGUAUAUGUGAUGAUUUAAAAACAAAACCAAGAUUAUAA